GACAACUGUUUGGCAGGCGUUCAGCUACGCGGUAGCACUGUACGAGAGCGAGCAGGCGGCUUGUACAGAGAACACCGAGCUCGGAACAAAGUGCAAACAACUGGCCACAGAGAAGGCUAGCCUUGUGGACGAUGUCAAUCGCCUGCAAGGCUCGGAGAUGGCCAAUCGCGCAGCGGCGGCGGAGAGCCAAGCAGAAACCUUGGCGACCCGAAACAACGAGCUUAGGGAGGACUUGGAGCGAGCUUGCGCGGAAAAGGAGAGCGGCAUCCAGGCAGCCAAGGAUGAGGCCGCUCAUUGAGGAGCGCGCAAAAAGGGCCGAGGCGGAAAGGGACCAGGCUCAGAAUGAGCUGAACUCCCUUAGGCGCCAGAUCGCCGACGUCGAGCUGAACCUCACUACUGCUGCGGAGGCGCUGAACGAGCUGAAGACUCACCAUGCACGCUCUGUAGGCAUUGCCCGAGCUCAAGGGGCAGAGUGGCUGGUCGGCUCUUCCUCUUUCCAAGACGUAGUGGCGGUGGCGUCUGCUAACAUGACCACGGAGAUCUACAACAAGAUUCGUGGAAAGGUGCUGCACCACCACCCAGAUUUUCCAAUCUGCGAGCUGGUAUUCUUCAACGGGGAGGAACUUAACGAGCAGGGUAAGAGCCUUGCUCCCCUCGCUGAGACUACAGUGCGGCUGAGGUGGGACCUCAAUGAAGAGGGAGUACCUGUCUGGCCUCCCUCAGUUUUGGAAGAGGGGGAGGACCCGGCGGGUAUGCCCUCGUUUGAUGGAUGGGUGGAGGGGGUUCCUGUUGCUAAGCAGGAGCCGUCGAGUACUCCUGCCAACUCUCAGCCCGCCAUGGAGCUGUCCGUCGAAACACCAGCUGCCGAGCCAGCUGCGCGCUCGCCUCUGGCUCGCUCCUCGCCUCUCCCAACGGCUGAUGCGUCCAUGCCUGUCGACCUGACGGACGAUUAGGCUUAGGAGUUUUUGGUUCAUUCUUUUGUAUUUUUGUUUUGGCACUUUUGUAUUUGAUCAAUAGAUUCAUAUCAUAUGUACUUCUAAUGUAACACUGUUGAUGAAAUACAAAAAUGAAUUUUCC